AUGCAGAUAAUUUUUAAAGACUUUAAGAAGCAAACCGUGCCAGUUGAUGUUGAACUUUCGGAUACAGUUUUGUCAGCUAAGGAAAAAUUGGCCAAGGAAAAGGAUUGUGAUGUGUCGCAAAUCAAAUUAGUAUACUCGGGAAAAGUAUUGCACGAUGACAAAAGUUUAGAGUCAUUUAAAUUGAAGGAAGGAUCUUCGGUCAUAUUUAUGAUCUCAAAGACUAAAAAGGCUUCUGCUGCUACACCACCAGUGCCUGAGGUUGCGCUGAGCUCGACUCCAACUAAUUUAGAGACUGCUUCGGCAUCAACUGGAGACUCGACAAAGGUAGAGCCUGCAGCAUCUACGUCACGUGAUGCCUCAAUUGCACCUGGGGAAACAGCGGCCAAUGCAAUGACGACUGAUCCUAAUCCCACCGCUAAUGCUAGUAUUGUUGCUGAUGAAUCUACGUUUGCCCUAGGAAGCGAGAGAGAAACAACUAUUACCAAUAUAAUGGAAAUGGGCUACGAUAGACCCCAAGUAGAAGCCGCAUUGAGAGCGGCUUUUAACAAUCCUCACCGUGCAGUUGAAUAUUUGAUUACUGGAAUACCGGAGACAUUACGUUCUGAGCAGCCUCGUCAACAACAACAACAACAACAACAACAACAACAACAACAACAACAACAACAACAACAACAACAACAACAGCAGCAGCAGCAUCAGCAGCAGCAACUGUCAGCUAAUGCCACGCAUAAUGAUGACGAGGAAGACGAUGCAGAUGAGAGUCACCGUGGAGAAAAUUUAUUUGAACAAGCAGCAGCAGCAGCAGCACAAGAAGGAAGAGGUGACCGUUCAGCAGGUAGUGCAGCAGCAGAGUCCGGGGCACUUGGUACAGUACUGAGUGUCGAAGGAACGGGCAGUGGCAGCGGUGAUGAGCAACAAAUGCAAUUAUUAAGAGCAGCAUUACAAUCGAAUCCAGAGUUGAUCCAGCCGUUAUUGGAACAAUUGUCUGCAUCAAAUCCACAAAUUGCAAGCAUGAUUCAACAGGACCCAGAAGAGUUUAUAAGGACCUUUUUAGGUGCUGGCGGUGAAGAUUUGGGAUUUGAAAUUGAAGGUGAUGAUGCAGAUGCUCUUGGUGGUAGCGGUGGUGGAAGUGGUGAGGGAGCUGAUGCUGAAGGCACAGUACGCAUACAAUUAUCUGAACUGGACCAAAAUGCAAUUAAUAGAUUAUGUGAGCUCGGAUUUGAGCGCGACCUUGUAAUACAAGUCUAUUUGGCUUGUGACAAGAAUGAAGAGGUUGCUGCUGAUAUAUUAUUCAGGGAUAUGUAA